AUGGGGAGCUUAACUUGUCUUGGCAUCGGGGGAAUAUCUUCAUCGGCAGUGGAUUUUAGGACCAAGCGCGGAAAGGUACUGCACAUCGUCGUUAAACUUCCUCCGAUGAACCAAUAUUUACUGUUGUCGAUCUUGUUAACUCCAAGCCAUACUGGUGGUGCGGGUGGUUUGCAGAAAUCCCUUGGUCAUUCUUCUUCUCCUUUUGUGCGUGGGUCACGACUGCGCAAAGUGUGUGAUCAGCAUGGAUCCAGGUCAUAUAUCCUUCGCCCUCCCCGGCCCUCGGCAGGCUCGAGAUCAAAGAAAAUACGUUCCACGGCUGCUGAAGAAGCUGAAGAAGCUAAAGAAGCUGAAAACAGCCGGACUUCUCUGACCGUAGAGCCGAGUCAUGAUCGUGUAACCGGAAGUUUUCUAUCAAAGAGCAGGAGAGGAUUCGAAGACAAGAAAUUGCUAGAUAGAUAG